AUGAGACAAAGAGGACGUUUCGCCGGAUUUUCCCUUUAUAUCUCCUACACACCUCACAAAGAGAACGGCCAUCUUUGUUACAGGAACACACUUCCAUUGCCUCCCUUGGAGUUUAAUACAACGUGUAUUGGAUAUGGUCGUUACGUCAUCUAUUACAAUGAAAGACUGGACGGAGUUACCUACCCUGAAGGAUACCAGUUAAACAUAUACACACAGUUAUGUGAAGUCGAAAAUGUCCGUGGGGAUGGUAGGCCCUUCGGGAAAGACAGUUGUGCAGGACAUUGCAGAGGGAACCAACCCUGUAAUCACGUGACUGGUCAAUGUGAAGCUGGUUGUGCAAAUGGAUGGAUGGGGAAGUUAUGCGAUGAACGUAAAUAUUGA